AUGGUGACAGUGGUUUUGGAGGUGGCUUUGGUGUCUGCUCAUGUGGCAGUGGUGGCUUCAGCAGUGGUGGCCUGUUUGUAUGACAGUGGUGGCUGCCUGGCAGCACUGGUGGUUGCAACAAUUGCAACAGUGCUGGUGGCUGCAGCUGCCUCCCCUGUGUCUGCAGUAUCCUUGGUAGCUGUGGGGUUAAUUUGUGGCAGCAGUGAUGGUGGCAGUGGUUGUAGCCACCUCCCUCACAUCUUUGGAGUCCCUGGCUGCAGUGAUGGCCACUCACAGUCUAUUAAUAUAAGAUUAGCCAAUUGCAUGGAUACUCCUCAUAUUGAAAAUCUCAUCAGCACCACCAUGUCAGAUGUGGAGUACAUACGAUCCCAUUACAACAUCGAAGAUUUCAUCUACUUCAGUCACCACCAGCGCGAGGAACACUGUCGCCUGCAUCACUUUGCCCUCAACCCCAUUUUCCAGCACUACACCAAGUUCUUUCUGAAGGAGGUCCUUCGUUUAGGGUAUAAGUCCUGUCUCUACUACCCUAUUUACCCAAAAUCCAGGGAAGACAAGUUCCAGAACUCCUACACCUACUCCCUGACAUCUGCCCUUCAUUACUUGGUUCCCGUGCGACCACGACGACAGAUUGUCUGUCCUCUGGAAAAGCUUGGCAUAAACGCUCCAUCAGAGGCGGUCUCCAAGGAUCUGAGCCAGGGUAAUAAAUACCACGAGGUCCAGGAGUGCCGCAGGGUACAUCAGCUGCCUGCCACGGAGCUCUGGAAGGCCUGCAGCCCAGCAGGGCUCCUGGGUGGACCUGAGCUCCUGGAGCAGGAGCAGAGCCAGGGUAAUAAAUACCACGAGGUCCAGGAGUGCCGCAGGGUACAUCAGCUGCCUGCCACAGAGCUCUGGAAGGCCUGCAGCCCAGCAGGGCUCCUGGGUGGACCUGAGCUCCUGGAGCAGGAACUGGCCUUCACAGCUAAGUAG